CGGCGCUUGCGCCCUUCUCGCGUCUCGCUGGCUAGGUGCUGGCACACACGCGCUCUUCCCCAUCUCCCUUCACCCGCCAGGGCGCGCGCGUCUACGCGCUGCCGUUCUCGCGCGCGCUGCUCCGCUCUCUCCGCGCCGCCGCUGGAGGCCAAGUGUCUUGCGCGCGCCCGCUUCUGGGUUCUUCUGCCCCCCCGCGCUUCGGCGGCCUGCAGCUUUCUCGUAGUCUUCUGCGCCUGCGCAAAGAGCGUGGGCUCUCGGGAGUGGUUAUUUUGUGGCGGCGGUUGCUGUAGUGAGAAGCCCCACAUGGAGCCUCCCUCAGGCACAGCAGGAUACCUGCCUCAUUUGAUGGAUCUGUUAGCAUUUGAGAUUUUCUUCUGGUCCCAGUGUACUCCAUGGUCCUGCUGUCCAGCCUGUCUCUCUGCUCCCUGUCGCUGCUCCUCAUAGAGGCAAGAAGAGCAGAGGGGCCAAGGAGGCAGUGGUGGCUAUGUGACAUACAUGAUGUGACUGAAACACUAUCAUUGGCAGAUAACUCUGAAACUAUAGAAAAUGAUGGCGAUCUUGAAGAGGAACCUGAGCUAAGACAUGUAGAAAAAGAUGUGUUAAUUCCAAAAAUGAUGAGAGAGAAGGCCAGAGAGCUAUGUUCAGAUAAAGUGCAAGCUUUUACCAAAUGCUGCCAAGAGUCUGGCUUUCUUAUGGUGGUGAAAUGUCAACAGGAAAAUGCAGCAUUGAAAGAAUGUCUGACUACCUACUAUAAUGAUCCAGCCUUUUAUGAAGAAUGCAAAAUCGAAUACUUGAAGCAAAGGGAAGAAUUCAGAGCUACUGGAAUUCCUGCUAAACAAAGACAACAGAAGCUUCCUACAAGCAUGUAGCUAUAUCCUAAAAUGAAGGUUGGAAAUUUACUUCAGUUAUCAACAUACGUUGAUUUGAUGGAAUAAGUAAGUUAAUUGAAUAAGCAGACUCAAUUUUGUUUAAAAAAAAUAAAUUUGUCUGAGGCAGGAUUUAAUUGAAAUAACUGUAUCUCAUGUUGUAUUUUGUGUAUUAGGAAUAAACUCUUUUAUGAAUGAAUCCAAAAUAAAUAGGAUAUAUUUUUGACCAGCUCCAAGGGUUUGAGGAACUCUGUUAUGUAGUAUAUUUUGAGUAAAAAGUUGUUAGACCAAUCCAUUCUUACUGAACAUUCUCCUGACUUACCCUCCCUCCACUAAUAUUCCUCUCUGUAGAAUUUAGAUUUUUUUUGUAAUCAGGAAGACAUUUUGCUUCUGUUUACCCAGGGUAAUAAAUUCAAGCUACUAUCUAUGUAAAAGAACAA